GGGCGGCCGGCUUGCGUGUGUGGAAACUGUCAUAAAGCAGCGUCCGGGCCUCGGGCGGUAGCAAUGGACGAUGAAGAGGAGACCUACCGGCUGUGGAAGAUCCGCAAAACUAUUAUGCAGCUUUGUCAUGAUCGUGGAUACUUGGUGACACAAGAUGAAUUGGAUCAGACGCUAGAAGAAUUUAGAGGUCAAUUUGGAGACAAGCCAAGUGAAGGGCGGCCACGGCGUUCAGACCUGACUGUGCUUGUUGCUCAUAAUGAUGACCCCACUGAUCAGAUGUUUGUUUUCUUUCCAGAGGAGCCAAAAGUUGGGAUCAAAACCAUUAAAAUGUAUUGUCAACGCAUGCAGGAAGAAAAUAUUACCAGAGCCAUCAUCGUGGUACAACAAGGGAUGACCCCAUCUGCAAAGCAGUCUCUAGUUGACAUGGCUCCUAAGUAUAUCCUUGAGCAAUUCCUGCAGCAAGAACUCCUAAUUAACAUUACAGAACAUGAACUUGUUCCAGAGCACAUAGUCAUGACCAAGGAGGAAGUUACAGAGCUGCUGGCACGAUACAAGUUAAAGGAGAGCCAGUUGCCAAGAAUACAAGCAGGUGAUCCUGUGGCGCGAUACUUUGGAUUGAAAAGAGGACAGGUGGUUAAGAUUAUUAGACCUAGUGAAACUGCAGGAAGGUACAUUACCUACAGACUUGUGCAGUGAAAUACAAUUAGCACCUGGAGACUUUCACCCAUAACUACUCAUGCUGAGAAGUUUCAGGAGCAGAUAUCACAUUUGCUUGUACUGUGGAGAAGCAGACAGUAUUGGUUGUAUGUGAACCUUUAAUGUGUGGAUUAUGAGUCAAGAGAAGACCUUUUUUCUCGCGCAAGAUGAAUCCUCACCACAGCUCAACAUGUAAGAAUGCAACUCCAAAAACACUCGAAGCUUGACACCAUCUAGGUCAAAGUAACCUGCUCGCUUGUCAUACCAUCAGUUUUCAGCGUUCACCCCCUUCACAACUGACAUGAUGUAGUAGCAGUCUACCAUCUACACACUGCACUGCAGUAACUCACCAAGGCUCCUCUGACAGUACUUUCCAAACCUAUGACCUCUAUCAGUGUGAAAGACAAGAACAGGUGUGUGGGAAACUCAGACACCUGCUGUUGGAAGUGGAUUUUACCUUGUUCUCUGUUCCUAUCUAACCUUGUGUCCACUUCCCAUUUCACCUGGAGACCAAGAUGGACUCUGAGCAAGAUGUCCAUGAUGAUGCCUUUGCUUUUUAGGAGUCAUCAGUAGCAGAGUUGUACUGCACUCAUUCUCUUUGUGAAGUGCUCAAAAUUUCCAGAAUAAAUAUCUUUAAAAUACAGUAGGAGCCUUGACAUAGUCUUUCAAUCAAUUCCAAGUGUCCCUUCAAAUGCAACUUUGGUAAAAUUGGCCACAUUUUUCACUUAACUCUAGACUAUCAAAUAACAUGGCACUAUAUUUAUGGUUUUCACAUACUAGGCUAUGAUCGGUCCUUCAAAGACUGGUACAUGUUUAUGUACUGUCGCACCCUGCAACUGUUCAAGUAAUAUAGUUAGAGGUCUAUAUGCCAUGAAACCAGGCCCUUCAGCCCAACUUGCCUGUGCUUCCCAGUUUUCACAAUUAAACUAGCCCUACUUGCCUACGUUUGGCCCAUAUCCUGUAUGUAUCACAUUCAUGUACCUGUCUAAAUGUUUCUUUAAAUAUUGUGGCUGAGGACCUGGUGCAGGAGAGAAGGAUUCACAUUUUUGGAUCAUUGGAACCUCUUCUAGGGUAGAGGUGACCUUUAUAGGAAGGACAGGUUGCAUCUGAAUUUGAAGGGGUCAGAUAUACUUGGGGGCGGGGUAGAUUUGCUAGAGCUGCUUGGGAGGAUUUAAACUAGCAUAGGGGAUGGGGUGGAACCUAGAGUGAUAGUGAGGAAAGAGAUCAGUAUGAGGUUUUCUGCUUAGUUCCCAACUGUACUGAAUUUGGACUGAUAAAUUAAACUGCACUUACUUCAAUGCAAGAGGCCUAAUAGGUAAGGCAGGUGAACUCAGGGUGUGGGUGGGAACAUGGGAGUGGGAUUUGAUAUCAAUUACAGAGACAGAGCUCAGGGAUGGACAGGACUGGCAGCUUAAUGUUCCAGGAUAUAGAUGCUAUAGCAAGAAUAGAAAGGGAAGCAAAAGAGGAGGGGUGGGGGGGGUUAUAAUGUUAAGGAUAACAUUACUGCUGUACUUAUGGGAAUACAUCAGGGAAAUUAUUUGGUUGGAAUGGAGCAAUAUGAAAGGGAUGAUUACCUGAUUGGGAUUGUACUGUAGACCUCCCCCCACCCCCAACAGUUAGCAGGAAAUUGAGAAACAACUUAGUAAGGAGAUCACAAUAAGAAAAAUAGGGUGGUUAUGGGUAGGGAUUUUAAUUUUCCAAACAGACUGGGAGUACCAUGAUGUUAAGGGUUGCAUGGAGAGGAAUUUUUGAAGUUUGUACAAAGUUUUCUGAUUCAGUAUGUGGAUGUACCUACUAGAGAAGAUGCAAAACGUGACCUCCUCUUGAGAAGUAAGGCUGGGCAGGUGACUGGUGUCAGUGGGGGAGCACUUUGGGGCCAGUGACCAUAAUUAGUUUUUAAAAUCGUGAUGGAAAGGGAUAGACCAGAUCCAAACAUUAAAGUUCUAUACUGGAGUAGGAUUAAUUUUGACAGUAUGAGGCAAGAACUUUCAAAAGUUGAUGUUUGCAGGGAAAGGGACGGCUGGAAAAUGGGAAGCAUUCAAGAAUGGGAUAACGAAAGUCUAGAGGCAGUAUGUUAGAGUGAAGGGCAAGGCUGGUAGGUGUAGGGAAUCCUGGAUCAGUAGAGAAAUUGAGGUUUUGGUCAAAAUAAAAAAGGGAGCAUACGUCAGGUAUAGACAAUCUUGAAAAAUCUCCAUAUUACAGGAGGUGGUGCUGAAUGCCUUAAAACACACAUUCCUGGGACCAGAUCAGGGGAACACUAAAACUCUGGGAAGCAAGGAAAGAGAUUGCUGAGCCCUUUGCUGAGAUAUUUGUAUCAUUGAAAGCCACAAGUGAGGUACCAGAAGACUGGAGAUUGGCUAAUGUGUCACUGUUUUCAGAAGAUGAUAAGGAAAAGCUAGGGAACUGAACCAGUAAACCUGACAGUGGUGAGCAAGUUGUCGGAGGGAAUCUUAAGAGACAGGCUUUACGUGUAUUUGGAAAGGCAAGAACAGAUUAGGAAUAGUCCACAUGGUUUUGUGCAUGGGGAAAUUGUCUUACUAACUAGAUGAGUUUUUUUUUUGAAGAAGUAAUUAAGAGAAUUAUUGAGGACAGAGUGGUAGAUGUGAUCCAAAUGGACUUCAUGCUCUUGGUAGACUAGUUAGCAAGGUUAGAUCACAUGGAAUACUGGGAGAACUAGCUAUUUGGAGACAGAACAGGCUCACAGGUAGAAGAGAGAGGGUGGUAGUGGAGGGUUGUUUUUCAGGCUGGAAGCCUGUGACCAGCUGGGUCCGCUGCUUUUUGUUAUAUAAAUUAAAUGAUCUGGAUGUGAACAAAGGAGGUGUGAUUAGUAAGUUUGCAGACGACACCAAAAUUGGAGGUGUAGUAGACAAUGAAGGAAGUUACCAUAGAGUACAGUGGGAUCUUGAUCAGAUGGGCCAAUAGGCCAAGGAAUGGUAGAUGGAAUUUAAUUUAGAUAAAUGUGCAGUGCAACAUUUUGGAAAGGCAGAUCAGGGCAGGACUUGUUUAGUUAAUGGUAAGGACCCGGAGAGUGUUGCUGAACAAAGGGACCUUGGAGUGCAGGUUCAUAAUUCCUUGAAAGUAGAGUCGCAGGUAGAUAGGAGUGAAGAAGGUGUUUGGUAUGCUUGCCUUUAUUGGUCAGUGCAUUGAAUAUAGGAGUUGGGAGAUCACAUUGCGGCUGUACAGGACAUUGGUUUGGCCUUUCUUUUUGGAGUAUUGCAUGCAAUUCUGGUCACCCUCCUACAGGAAUGAUGUUGUGAAACUAGAAAAGGUGCAGAAAAAAUUAACAAGGACACUGGCAGGGUUGGAUGGUUUGAGCUAUGGAUAAAGGCUGAAUAGACUGGAGCUAUUUUCGGUGGAGUGGCGGAGGCUAAGGGGUGACCUUUUAUAGAGGUUUAUAAAAUGAGGGGCACAGAUAGGGUAAAAAGGCAAGGUCUUUUACAUGGGGUGAGAAAGUCCAAAACUAGAGGACGCAGGUUUAAGGAGAGAUGGGAAAGAUAUAAAAGGGACUUAAGUGGCAACUUUUUUUCACACAAAGGUGUCCGAGGAAGUGGCAGAGGCAAGUACAACUGCAACAUUUCAAAGGCAUCUGGAUGGGUGUAUGAAUAGGAAGAGUUUAGAGAGAUGUAGGCCAAAUGCUGGUAAUACAGGAUAUCUGGUUGGCAUGGUCGAAUUAGACCAAAGGGCCUGUUUCUGUGUUGUACAUCUCUUAAGACUCUAAAUGACUCACUUCCACCAUGACCUCUGGCAGCCCAUUCCAAACACUCGCCACUCUCUAAAAAUCAUAAAGCAGGGAGGCCAGAAAAACGUGCACGAUAACUGAAAUAAACAGGUCUUCAAAAUUGGCAAUAAAAAGCAAAGCAUUUUGGAAAUGCCUGAGCCAAGGCAGACAUGAGACAAUUCCUUUAAGCAUCUAAGCCCAGAUUUUUUUUUUUGUAAGCAUCUUGACACUGUGGAAAUUGAUCCUUCAGCCCAACAAGUCCAUGCCCACCAUCAGAGCAUCCCAACCAGACCCAACUCCCAAAAGCCCCCUAAUCUAGGUAUCCCUGAACACUAUAGGCAAUUUAGUAUGGCCAAUCCACCUAGCCUGCACAUCUUUGGACUGUGGGAGGAAACCCAUGCAGGUAUGUGGAGAACAUGCAGACACUCACCUGAGGGUGGAAUUGAACCAAGGUCCCUGAUGCUGUGAGGCUGUAGUGCUAGUCACUGAGCCACUGUGCGACCCCAAUUAUAAUCAGAGAAGCACCAGGCUGCGUUAACAAGUGUGAAAGGAUAAUUCAACCCUUCCUGACAAACAAACAACACUAGAUGUGUGGGGCAGACAUGCCUCAGUAUGACAAAAGAAUACCUAUGGUCUGGCAUGAAAACAGACUUCCAAGCCCAAGGACAGACACAUCAAUGGGAUUGCUGUUACGCAAGCCAUCGAGAGCUGUUAGCAGCAUUUCAAGGUGAUAAAGCCAAUUAAUGUGAUAUCUCUGACUGGUCAAGUCCUUAGAAAGUUCCAGGAGGAUAUAAGAACCCAAUCCAACAAGAGUUGGGAGAAACCCGCUCCUCACCCUACCUACAAGCACACUGGGGGUACAGCAGUGAGUAGGGCAGUUCUCUUUCUGACCAGAAAGAAUCAAUCCAUGAAGAGAGGAACAGGCUGAACAAUUUGACAGAAGCUACGAGCAUCUCAGAAGUAUUUUAAGUUUCUAAAGAAUUGGAUAGUUAGGGAUGUUAAAAAUGUAAAGUGUAAC